UGCACCCUGCGCUGCCCUUCGGCACGUGACGCGCGACCAUCGCGACGGAGGCCGCCGACAGUGACCUCGCCCGUCUCUCCCGGCCAGUCGACUUCCUCCAGGGAGCCCGCUUGGAUUGAAGGAGACACCGGACACUCCAAGUGGUGUGUCCAUCCGACGGCCUGGGAUACAUGAAAUAAGUGAGGAACCGAAUGAUUUAGAAAUAGUCUGAGGUGGUACUGGCUGGUAAGAGCUGGAGUUCGUCUGGCUCCGCCACUGACUAGCUCCUGGACUUCGGGGGCCAAGGAAUUGAUGCUUUUGAGCCUCAGUUUCUCUUUUAUAGUGAGAUGUUAAUGCUGCUUUCCGUCGCAUCCCCGGCCCCCAUUCCACUCCGAUCCCGGGGUGCUGAAAGCAUUUAGAAUAGGUGAAUGUGAAAGGCUUUGAAAAGAGAGAAACUACUAUGCAAAUAUGCGACGUAGAUUGACACCUCCUUUGUUUAGAAAAGAGGUUUUUGAGAAUGACUUUUCCGGAACUUUUUAGGAUGAAAAAGCUUUGUGUGUGUUUUCAUCAUUUUCCUUGGAAGUCAUUCCAAAAUGUAUAUUCUACGUCCCAGCUUCCUAAAGCAGCGGUUACCAAAUACACAGCAAUCCUCCUCCAGACAGAGGAAGGGCACACAGCAUGGCAGAAAACCGAGAGCCCCGCGGGGCCAUCGAGGCUGAGCUGGACCCGGUGGAGUACACCCUUCGGAAGAGGCUGCCCCACCGCCUGCCCCGGAGGCCCAAUGACAUUUAUGUCAACAUGAAAACUGACUUUAAGGCCCAGUUGGCCCGCUGCCAGAAGCUGCUGGACGGCGGGGCACGGGGUCAGAAUUCAUGCACUGAGAUCUACAUUCACGGCUUGGGCCUGGCUAUCAACCGAGCCAUCAACAUUGCCCUACAGCUGCAGGCAGGCAGCUUCGGGUCCUUGCAGGUGGCUGCCAAUACCUCCACCGUGGAGCUUGUCGAUGAGCUGGAACCAGAGACUGAUACACGAGAGCCGCUGACCCGCAUCCGCAACAACUCGGCCAUCCACAUCCGCGUCUUCAGGGUCACACCCAAGUAAUUGAAAUGAGGCCGGCUUGCCUUACCCACCCCCCUUCACACAGCUGAGCUCAGACGUGGCUCUCCUUGUGCUGAGUACUGUCAUGGACCUCCCACGUGAGCCAUGUAAGAAAAAGAAGCCUGUCCCCUCCCAGCCCAGAAGACUGAAUUGACAGGGGGAGUAUUGUCUCUUGUUGGGCCCAGGCAGGGGGUCUUCUGAAUCUUUGUGGUCUGUAACCAUUGUCCUAUACAAUAAAAACUAUCACGUUGUGUUAGUAUCUGGCCACCCCA